AUGCGCAGGUCGUCUAUCGAGAAGGCGGAGCCUCUCGUCCUGGAGGACGAGCUACCCCAGAUUUACCUGACCCGAAGAAAGACCUUUCAAAGCGACGAGUCUGCCGCUGAGGAGGAUGAGUUCGAGGCCUUACUCGAGCGAGCGGCGCAGACCCUGAAGAACCGAACGCAAGAGUCUUCGGGACAGCGAAGAUUCAACCAAGCCGGCAAGUCCGCGCCUGCUGACCGCGCUCUCAAGAACGUUCCUCACACCGUACUCCGCGACGUCGCCUCCAUAGACGACAAUGCCGCGUCCAACCAGAUAGCCUCGAACAUUGGUGAACAGGUCGAGUACUUUGCGGAAAGCAGCGCAGUGUUGAUGAAGGCACUGGACGAAAUCUCGAGCGUGCAUCCGUUCAUCAGAGUUGCUGUUAUGGCCUUCAAGGCCGUCAUUGCGCUCGAACUGAAGCGCCGAGAGAACAAUCACAAGGUCGUCGCUCUCAACAUACAGAUGCAGGACAUGAUGUCCGCGCUCUUGCCUCUCCGCCUCAUCCGCGACUCCCAGCACGUCGCCCCCGACGGCACCACGCUCGAAAACAGCAUCAAACCCCUCAUGCCCCGCAUCGCCGACGACAUCAUCGCCUGCGGCAACGCCUGCGACGCCUACACGAAGAAGAGCAUGGUCGCCAAGGUGCUCAAGUCCUUCAUCUACGAGCAAAGACUGGCCGACUUUGGCGAGCGAUUUGCGCAGAGGCGCGCCUCUUUGGAGCUCGCACUGUCCGUCCACACGGCGGUCGGUGUGCACGAGAACGGGCAAGCGCUAGGAACCGUCACCGAAGAACUCACCGGGGUCGGCGACCGGCUCAGCGCGAUGGACGAGCGGCUGGGUGGCGGGCUGGGUGGUGUGGGCGCGAAGGUCGACGAGGCGAACGAGCAUCUGGGCGCGGUGCACACGAAGCUGGACGCAAUGAACGCGAAGCUGGAGAUGCUGCUCUUAUUCAGGAAGCUCGACUCCCCACGGGAGCGCGAGAUCUCGGCGUAUGUGCACGCGCACGGGGGCCCGAACGCGUGCAUGGGGGACGAGCGGGCGCUGGAGGAUCUGGCGAGGAUGGAGGCGGGGGCGGUUAUUCGGAGUCAGGGGCCGACUCUGACGAAGAGUAGGACGACGACGGAGAGGGGGCGGCAGAGGGAGUCAGUGGGCAUGGCGCUGGGGAUGAAUGGCGGGCUAUCGAGGAGGGGGUCCAUUGAUCUCUCGGAUGUGUUUUACCUGAAGCGCGAGUUGCAAGAGGAUCUGGAUGAGAGCUUGGAGAAGAACAUGGAUCGUUUCUUGAGGAAGUUGGGAGCCUUGAAAGAGGAGCUGGUCGGUGCACUGGAGAACAUCGAGACGUCAAUACAUCGGGAGGGUGACCGUGUAGUAACUGAUUUGACAAGGGUGUACACUCAUGGAGCGCAUGAGCGAAUCAAGGACGAGGACAUCCACAACCUUUGGCAAGAGAUGCACUGGCGCAACGCCGUCAAAGCACACCACUUCACCCUCGCACUGCGCGACCACGUUAUCGAGAAGCACCGUAGCAAGUAUCAUCGGACCGACGCCUACCAGGUAUCACGCAUGUCCAUGGUCUACACGCCCCCGGAUCUGCAUUCGCCUGGCUCGACGGCGUCCUGCAUGUCGCAGCAGCCACCGGAGGACAUCGCUCGAGCGAUCACGGAGUCGCUGCAGAGGCAGAAGAGGGAUUCAGACCCGGACCAGUGGGCGAUCAAUGCGUUGACGAUGUUGACGGUGCAGCCAAUUUCGGAGGCUUUCGAUGAUGAUGGGACGGGGUUUAUCAGUACUCGCGAAGUGAACGUCUUCACCUCUUCGCGGCCGAGGAAGUGGAGCCUUCUCCACUGGCUCGUAUAUUGGGGCGAAGGCUGGUACGAUUCCCUCCUCGACUACCGCGUCAAGAUCCUGCGCACCAUGCAAGCGAUGUAUGGCAUGCUCGACGAGCUCCGCCCCGCCAAUCGCAGCGCCGUCGAUCAGUACCUCGGCCAUAUCGCCUUCCGGCGCAUCGAGCUCCUCCUUCGCGGCCUGGAUACCUCGCGCCCAAGAGCGCACCAGAGCGUACUUGAUCGGCUGCGCCCGUAUACGCGCGCGGAGGAGGCUAAGCUGAAGCAGAGACUGAAGGGUGUCAACUUCGAGAUCGACGACCAGAGUACGCUGCAGGUGGUCAAAGGUCCUGGCAGGAUUGACAGGUACAUCUUCCCACUGCUGUAUCUGACCCUCUGCCACCAUCUGGGUAUCAUACGGCUGGGCCAUGCGUACCUGCUCGAUGAGGCUGAGCUCGCCUCGGCGUCGGAGUCUCUGUACCAGCUCAUGGCAGCGGUAGACGAACGUGUUCUGAGGCUUAGUGCUAUCAUGCGUCAGACACAACUUGAUCGCCAUGCACGCUUAGGUACAUACGCCUUCGGCAUGUUCCAAUACGUUGCCGAUCUCUCGCAGAACCUCGAGGACUACGCAGCCGACAAUAUCUUGCAGUUCAGCUAUUAUCUCGACUCCAACGUGGACGAGGGGGAUGACGAAGUCCUGACUCUGGAAAACCAAGGAGAGAAGCCCAAAGGCGUGCUCACCUGGGCAUACGAUUCCUCUGGCUACGUAUCCUCGCCUGCGAUCGCGACCACCAACUCCCAUAUAUCGGGCACUUGGACCGGCCUUUGUGCAUAUCACGGUGGCAUGCAAUUUGGCUGGGUAUCCGGGCUGCUUGACAUUUCGCUCGACGUGGACGAAGACGGAGUUGUUUUUGGUACCGGCCGCUGCGCGCUCGCCGACUGUACGAUUGACGGGACGUGCGAGACCGACGAGGAUGGGCUGAUCACGCUGAAAUUCACUGUCACCUUCCAAGCCGUCCCUUGGGUAUCCUCCACGGCACUGAACACGUUGUCGUUCGAGGGAGGCUACCUCGAGGGAACGAACAUGCUGUCAGGCUCGUGGGGAAACGCCGGCGACGUAUCCCCUGAAUCGCUCAUCCUCGUACGCACACCCGGAGACGUGUACAGAUUCCGCCACUGCAUCGACGAGGAGGGUCGCUCGGCUGCGACGUUCUGGCGCUUUGCGCGCGAAGCCGUGCUGCAUCGUGUGCGUCACCAACGUUGGAGCGCAACGUACUUUAGGCAGCGACUGCAGGAGAAGCAGCUCUAUGUCGAUCUGCAUAUGCGGCGCAUCAACUGGAGUCUCUUCGCUGCUCAGCCGCCGCUCUCGUGGGCGGAGUGGGAUACGCUGCGACAUCUGAACGCGUCCAUCUCCCCCGAGGAUGCGCGCUUCUACUUCUCAAUCGUCGCUUUCCGUCGCAGGCAGCUAUGUAUUCACCACAAUGCAUGGUGCAACGCUUGCCAUCGUAUCAUAGUCGACGACCGAUACAUGUGCCUCCAGUGCGCCGAAGAGGGCUUGCGCUAUCAGAUCGACCUCUGCGUCGACUGUCGUGACCAGACUCCAACUAGCGGCGCCCUCGUACAUAAGCGUUCUCAUGCUCUUGCGAGGUUCAACUACGUCUUGCACGACUACCAGAAGAAGGCCGUAUACGAAGACGCGCUUGAGGCGCUCGAUAGAGUGAAGAGGAUCGCUACUCGCUUGGAAGACUUCUCGCUUGAAUCGCCACUUACGCCGAAGACGGCGAUGGCUUUCGAGACCCGCUCAGGAUGCCGCGAGGAGUCCAUUGCGCCACCGACCUGCGAGGAAUGUCGCAGCGCCGUCAUCUUGCCGUGCUGGUACUGCGCUUCUUGUUAUAUCAAUACCCAACAGGACGUCUUCGCCUGCGAAAACUGCCGCAAUCGGGAGCAUAUGUCGUACCAUGUCUGGAUUUUAGUGAAGGAGGAGACGCUUCGCCCAGAGUUGUCGACCGUCGAGCUGCGUCUGAAGGCUCUGGAGCAGAGGUUCAUAGGCGAACAGAAGGGUGUACACGACCGCAUGGCGGCGCUGGAGCAGAAGUUGGACAUGAUACUUUCCAAGCUUGGGGGUGCAGACGCCGAGUAG